ACUUUGUCGUGAUAAGUUUAUUCCGUCGAGAACUCCGCGCGUUGUUCUUCUCACUUUAUACGAGAAUCUGUCAACAUUGAAAGCUGUUCUAUCGUUUCUCAUUUCCGUUUUGCCGUUACCGGCGGACGUCACAAGGAAUUGUUUCUUUCAUCCUGAUAGAUCUUUGUUUUCAGGUACUUCGUGCUAAAAACCUGAGGACGAGUACCGAGUGCUUAUUCUAUUUAUAAACUGUGAGUAAUUUGCUAAUCUCGCGUGAUUCUUGGAUGUUAAGACGUUGCCGGAUACGAUAGGAAAGAGACGCGGCUGAUCUUGGAAACGUUUACCCAAACGUCGAGCAUGGCUGAGGAAAAUUACACAACUGCAAAUUCGAUCCUGCAAACUACGAUUAAGGGUAUCAUGUUCAAUGAAACUGGAAAGCAACACCUGAAUCUGUCGGAAGUUCACAGCGCGAAAACCCAGCUGAGGCUCUACGACAUUUUCGUGCCGAUUCUUGGCUGUCUUAUUAUCGUGACGAAUCUGAUUGUCGUUCUGUCAUCGGGAUUGAUUAUCAAGAAGGGAGUUAGCCCGAAAACUACCUACCUUUUCCUGGGCAACGUCGCGAUGGCAGACCUGGUCACUGGUGCUGCGGUACUCUUGGGCCAAUUCUAUCCAAAGUCAUAUCGCGAUCAUCUUUCAUGCGCCAUACAAUUGGGGAUGAUAGUGUCCAGUACUGUGGCCUCUUUGUACUCUGUCGGUCUGAUAGCAGUGGAUCGAUUCCUGUACAUAGUCCACGGAAUGAAUUACAGCCGUUGGAUGUACUCGAAGAGAGCUCGUCUGCUUAUCCUGUUCACAUGGGUGGUGGGAAUAAUUCUUGGUUUCUUACCAGCGACAGGUUUGUGGACCGGUUCGACAGACCGCGGCAGAAUUUGUUGGUUCACACAUCUGGCGCCACCGGGUCUGAUACUCCUAAUUACAAUCAUCGGUCUGCUACCGAUACUGCUGGUCUUGGUUCUCUAUGGUAUCAUAUUGUACCACGCGAUAAUGAAGGUGUUGCAGCUUCGACGAAUGGACAGGAAUCGGACAAAUCCAACCGCAAGCCGGGACGAGGACUUCAGGAUAUUCCGCGGCGGUGAUUCCGCGUCGAAUAAUGACGCGGCGAAGAAAACCAGCAAGAAUAAACCUUCCAAGGUCAAGGCGGUCAAAGUGGUCAUGUUCACUUGCGGCAGCAUCGUCUUGACUUGGAUCCCUUACUUCGUCGCCUGCACAAUUUACGUAUUCAGCUGCGAUUUCGUUGCCGGUGAAUGCAAGACGCUCAGAGUUGCCAUUGCUUCGCCACUUGCCAUACUUGGCUUCUUGAACUCUCUUUUUAACCCCGUUAUAUACGCAUGGUGGCACACCGGCUUUAGAACCAUGAUGAAAAAAGUACUCUGCAAGGGACGAUCUUCUAAUUCUAGUCAAUCGUGCAACACUCCGAGCACAAAAUCGAGCCAGAGGUCCGGUAGUACAAAAUCAAAGAGCUCAGGGAAUUCGAGCGAUGUCGAUAUGCAUCCCAUUUGAAAUUGGUAGUGAAUUGACUGCCUUGGAUAUUUGUUGUAAUCCGACAUCAUUGAACGAUAAUAGCGAAAAUUAUCAAAAAAAUUUUGUCUUGUUAUUAUUGCGUGAAUGGUAUAAAUCAUUUUGGAGGCGAAAAUUGAUAUAGUUCUCAAUUCACGAUAUUCACUGUCCGCUACUUUUAUCUAGGAACGACAAUUUCCUUUGCAAAUGUAUUGCGAAAUUCGGUUGCGAUUCUUGUUGAAAAACUGACAAGUCUACCAAUUACACAUAUUGAGAUAAGAUCAUUUUUUAGAACUUCUUUUUACACCGAUUUUUAAGUUUACUUUCAAUUUAUUUGUCACGUUGUACAAAGUUGGCGUUUUCACAGAGGUUGUCAGAAUAUCGCGAGCGAGAAUGAUGAAUUUAAUUAAGACUCCGUGACUCGUUUUGUUGCUCAACAAUCUGUAAGAGAAUAAAUAAACGCUAAACCAAAAACAUCACUUCAUACCGAAUAGUUUUAAUUCUACAAUCUAAUUAUUACUUUCUAUUACUGUGUAUAAUAUAUAAAUAAAUUUUUAUUCCAGAUGCGAAUACGAAUUAUAAAUUACAAAUUCAGAAAUCGCAGUUAUCGAAGUUUUUCGCAUCUCCUCGUGCUAACUAUUCAUUAGUUAAAGUGUGUUAAAAACAAAUACACUCAUUUCUAUUCGCCAUCUGUUUAUCUAAUCGCUUUUGUCUUCGCGCUUAGCUGGCAAUUCCCAAGCGAUGUCGGUCACCUACCGCAAUAUCCUGCACAAAGUAAGAAAAUGAAAUUCGCAAGCGGAAUGAACAAAUCAAAUGGCGAUGUUGAACGACGGUAUUCAUUCGUUCAAGAACCUUCACGUCGACAAAGCUUGAAUCUCAGAGGCGUUGUCUUUGAGAGGAAUCACCGAAGGACUUCCAAAGUGUGUGAUUGCGGACGAAUAGUUUGCGAAUUUUACGUGACCGUCGAAAGCUUGCGAACAACGAUAACAAAUUUCAAGCUUAGCUGAUUUUUACGAUUUUUUAACAAAACGAUAAUAAUCAUGGCGACUGAAGUAAAUAACUCAACGCCAGAUUCAACGACGUGGGAAACAACAAUUUGGACGUUAAUUGCCAACGAAACUACAGAGUAUCCAAAAUUCAAUUCGACGGAAGAAGUCACACUCUCAUUGGCCGCCAUUCACAUGUUCGUAAUGAUUCUCUGUGGCUUUAUAAUAUUGACGAAUCUCUCAGUUGUAUUAUCGUCAGGAUUAAUCCUGAAGAAAGGAAUAACUCCAAAGACGACUUACCUGUUCCUUGGAAACGUCGCUAUGUCGGAUUUGGUUGUCGGUUUGGCUGUUCUCUUCGGUGUAAUCUUUGGCAGGCCUCCCGACUUCUACAGCAGUCAAAUUGAAUGCGCAAUCCAAAUGGGAAUGGUGGUGUCCAGUACUAUAGUAUCCGUUUACACGGUGGGCCUGAUAGGCUUGGACAGAUUCCUGUACAUAGUCCACGGAAUGAAGUACAACCGUUGGAUGUAUCCAAGAAGAGCUCGUCUGCUGAUCGGAUGUACUUGGGUGCUAGGAUUGAUCCUCGGUUUCCUGCCAUUAACGGGUCUCUGGACACUUUACGAUACCCAAAACGGCAAAAAGUGUUGGUUCAUCCUUCUGGCUCCACCGGGCUUGGUUCUACUGAUCGUGACCAUCGGUCUGGUGCCCGUAUUGAUGAUCAUCGUUCUUUACAGUAUAAUUUUGUACCACGCGAUGAAAAAGGUGUUGCAGCUUCGCAGAGCCGAUAAAAAUCGGACGAAUGAAAACGGAGGAAGGGACGAGAACUUGAGGAUAUUUCGAGGCGGUGAAUCAACGUCGAUCGGUGACGAAACCGCGAAGCAAAAGGCGAAGAACAGACCCUCGAGAAUCAAGGCUGUUAAGGUGGUCCUCUUUACCUGCGGUACCAUCGUCGUUACUUGGGCUCCAUACUUCAUCGCGUGCACCAUGUACGUCUUUUGCGAUCCGGAAACCGGGGCCUGCGACACCAUAGGAUACGCCAUAGACACGCCACUCGCUCUGCUUGGUCUUGGAAACUCUUUGCUCAAUCCUCUGAUAUACGCUUGGUGGCAUAACGGGUUUCGCAAUUUUAUGAGGAGAAUUUUGUGCAGGGGUCCAACGAUCCCGUGAAAAGAACGCUGUUUGUCAAACUUGAACUUGUUUUCUAUCGAUCAAACAUUUACAAAUCACUCUGAAUUAACCAAGAACUAAUUUACAAACUAUAAACCAAUGAACAAUUAGAGAAAAAAAGAAUCUAUUUAAGACUGUGACUACGAAGGGUUAGGAACUUGGAGAAAUUUGAAACUCGACAGUUUCUUGCGAUCUAACGACCAAAUGAUAACCAUGGUAAUUAUUUAUUCUUGAUCAUAUAAUGUAUAUAUAUACAUAGGUAUACACUGAGAGAGAAAAUAGCGUUGGAUCAAAAAAAAAAAAAUUGUUCCGCUCACAAC